AUGAGAGUUCCACUAAUAGAUUUCUUGAGAUUCUUUGUACUCAUUCUUUCUUUUAGUGGUGCUUUAGUCGCUGCAGAUGAAACGGUGGAAGAAAACUUCAACAGGUAUGAGAUAAAUAAUUAUGGUUAUGGUGCUCCACCGAGCUACCCAACGCCACCAACACCUGGCCCUCCUAUCAAACCACCACCAAUACAAAUACCUCCCACACCAAUUUACAGCCCUCCUAUCAACCCACCACCGGUGCAGAAGCCUCCAAUACCAAUUUACAGUCCUCCUAUAAAGCCACCACCAGUGCAAAAGCCACCGACACCUACAUACAGUCCCCCUGUCAAGCCACCACCAGUCCACAAGCCUCCGACACCAAUUUACAGUCCUCCAAUACAACCACCACCUGUGCAAAAGCCUCCAACGCCAAUAUACAGUCCCCCUGUUAAGCCACCACCAGUUAAGAAGCCUCCAACACCAACUUACAGUCCCCCUGUCAAGCCACCACCAGUUCAGAAGCCUCCGACACCAACUUACAGUCCUCCUGUAAAACCAUCACCGGUGCAAAAGCCUCCGACACCGACUUACAGUCCUCCUAUCAAGCCACCACCAGUUCAGAAGCCUCCAACACCAAUUUACAGUCCCCCUAUCAAGCCACCACCAGUACAAACGCCUCCGACGCCAACCUACAGUCCUCCAGUAAAACCACCACCAGUUGAGAAGCCUCCGACACCAACCUACAGUCCUCCAGCAAUUCCGCCACCGCUGCAAAAGCCGCCAACGCCAACUUACAGUCCCCCUGUCAUGCCACCACCAAUUCAAAAGCCUCCAACACCAAUUUACAGUCCCCCUGUCAAGCCUCCAACGCCAACUUACAGUCCCCCUGUCAAGCCACCACCAGUGCAAAAACCUCCUAUACCAAUUUACAGUCCCCCUGUCAAGCCACCACCUGUGCAAAAGCCUCCAACGCCAAUUUACAGUCCCCCUGUCAAGCCACCACCGGUUCAAAAGCCUCCAACACCAACGUAUAGUCCUCCUGUAAAACCACCACCAGUUCAUAAGCCUCCGACACCAACCUACAGUCCUCCAAUAAAACCACCACCGGUGCAAAAGCCUCCAACACCAACUUAUAGUCCCCCUGUCAAACCACCACCAGUUCAGAAGCCUCCAACACCAACUUAUAGCCCUCCUAUCAAGCCACCACCAGUUCAAAAGCCACCGACGCCAAUUUACAGUCCACCUGUUAAACCCCCACCGGUGAAGCCUCCAACACCAACAUACAGCCCUCCUAUCAAACCACCUCGAGUGCAUCCACCAAUUAAACCACCACCAGUGCAAAAGCCACCACCAGUUCAGAAGCCUCCAACACCAACUUAUAGUCCCCCUGUCAAGCCACCACCAAUGCAAAAGCCUCCUACACCAACCUACAGUCCUCCAGCAAAACCACCACCGGUGCAAAAGCCUCCAACACCAACUUACAGUCCCCUUGUCAAGCCACCACCAGUGCAAAAGCCACCGUCACCAACUUACAGUCCACCUGUUAAACCCCCACCGGUGAAGCCUCCAAAACCCACAUACAGUCCUCCUAUCAAACCACCUCCAGUGCAUCCACCCGUUAAACCACCAUCUGUGCAAAAGCCUCCAACGCCAACUUACAGUCCCCCUGUCAAGCCACCACCUAUUCAGAAGCCUCCAACACCAACUUAUAGUCCUCCUAUCAAGCCACCACCAGUUCAAAAACCUCCAACUCCAACUUACAGUCCCCCAAUAAAGCCACCUCCAGUGCAGAAACCUCCGACACCAACCUACAGUCCACCUGUUAAACCACCCCCAGUGAAGCCUCCAACACCAACAUACAGCCCUCCUAUAAUGCCACCACCCGUGCAGAAGCCUCCCACCCCAACUUAUAGUCCUCCACAAGUUGGAUACGGUACUCCUCCUCCAUAUGCAUAUCUUUCGCAAUCUAUAGACGAAAACAAUUAG